UUCUUCGUUUUAUACAGUAAUGUAAUUCUAGGGUCAUCAUAAAAUGAUAACGAAAUGUGGCCAAUGAGCAUAUAGUAUACAGUACGGACGAGUCAAAAGAGUAGCUAACGUUAGCAAUGAAGCUGACGGUUAUUAGCCGCUAAUUUUUUUUUAGACACAGAAAAGCGUUGUGUAUUCUGUUAUCUUAAGCACGUCAUUUGCCUCCAUUCCAUCACCAUGAAACAACACUAUAUUUACAUUCCAAUAAAAUAGUAAUAAUAUCAAAACUGUGGGAGAUUAUAAUCCCGUUUUAGUCUGUUUGAAAAAAAAAUUACCUGUAGCACCGUAGUUCCUCCUGACUUCCUGUCGAGCGAGGAGCAUACGGUCGUCGCUCAAGACGAUUCAUCAAAUUAGGCAAUCAAUCAAUGCGUGGACAGGAAGCCGAGAGAGGAGACAGACUGCGGUGGACGGGAAGGAGGACAAGGACAAAAGAUGAGCGUGCCCAUGCUGAAGAUUGGAGCCGUGCUGAGCACCAUGGCCAUGGUCACCAACUGGAUGUCCCAGACGCUGCCCUCACUGGUGGGACUCAACGGGACGACCGUCGACAUCUCCCCCGAUGGCACGCACGAACGCAUCGUCAGCGGUUUGUAUCCGGGCUCGGAGGAGGCUUGGCAGGUGUAUAGCACCGCAUCGGAUCCAGACGGCCAGUGCGUAUGUGCGGUGGUCGCGCCUGCCCGGAACCUCUGCAAACGAGACCACCGCACUUGGCAGAUAAGCUUACUGACUCAACAGGUGCAGAAUGUGAGUCAGUCCGUGGAGGGGGUCCACCUGCGGACCUCCAGGGAGCUGCGACACUUCCGCGAGUACGAGCCGCUGCUGCGAGGCGUGGACGGACGUCUGCACUCGUACGCCAGCAGCCCCCGGACGCUCACAUCCAAGGGUCUACAGGAGCUAAAGGGUCAGGUGACUCAGCUUCAGCCCCUCCUGUCCACGGCAGAUCAGUACCGCUCCGACGUUCAGACGCUGACCGCCCUGCGUGACGAACUGCUCAACCUGUCCAUCGUUUUGACCGCCAUCCAGGAGGAGAUUGGAGCGUACGACUAUGAAGAGCUUCAGAGGAGAGUCCUGCUCCUGGAGACCAGACUGCACAGCUGCAUGAACAAACUAGGUUGCGGUCGCCUGACAGCCGUCACCGGGCCCAUCACCGUCAGGGCGUCGGGGUCCCGCUUCGGCUCCUGGAUGACUGACGCCAUGAUUCCCAGCUCUGACAGCAGAGUGUGGUCCAUGGACGGCUUCUACCGGGGCCGUCGAGUGCUGGAGUACCGGACCAUGGCCGAUUUCACCAAGGGCCAGAACUUCGUGCAGCACCUGCUGCCGCACGCUUGGGCCGGCACCGGCCACGUGGUCUACAACGGCUCGCUUUACUACAACAAGCACCAGAGCAACAUUUUGGUCCAGUACCACUUCCGCUCUCGCAGUGUGCUGUUGCAGCGUAGCCUAAGCGGCGCAGGCUACAACAACACCUUCCCGUACAGCUGGGGGGGUUCGUCCGAUAUCGACCUCAUGGCCGACGAGACGGGCCUGUGGGCCGUGUACACAUCCAUACCCAACGCGGGAAACAUUGUGGUAAGCCGCCUGUGUCCGCGCUCUCUGGACGUGCUUCGCAGCUGGUCCACGGGCUUCCCCAAACGCAGUGCGGGCGAGGCCUUCAUGAUCUGCGGCGUCCUCUAUGUCACCAACUCGCACCUGGCCGGAGCCAAGGUCCACUUCGCUUACAACACCAACACGUCCACCUAUGAGUACACGGACGUGCCCUUCCACAACCUCUACUCACACAUCAGCAUGAUGGACUACAACCCCCGAGAGAGGGCGCUCUACACCUGGAACAACGGACACCAGGUGCUCUACAAUGUCACGCUUUUUCACGUCAUUCGCACCGACGGAUAGACUGAAUCGAACGGGUCUGGAGGAGAGUCACGGACUAUCGCGUUUGUUGUUUUUGUGCUCGAUGUGUCGGGUCCGCAUGGUUCUGUUUCUUCAAUAAAUGUCAACAAACUUCA